AUGCCGCCCUCGCCGAGCCCGCCGUCGACGCCGUGGGAGCCCGACGACGCGCUCGCGGACCCCGCGCGCGUGACGCGCGCGCUCCUCCUCACCGACCGCGGCGCGCGCGGGCGCGACCUCGACGCGGAAACGCGAUCGAUCAAACUCGCGCGCGUUCUCGGGUUGACGUCGCCGCCGUCCGCGUCGUGCGAGCUCUUCUCCGUGCGUCUCGACGGCGCGGGGAUUCGAUGCGCGGGCGCGCCGCGGAUCGGCGGCGUCGAUCACGCGGACUGGGGCGCGACGCCGGCGAGCUACGCCGGCGUAGGCGAUCCCGAGGGUGACGCAGAUCGGCGGGAUCUAGUGCGCGCGCUGCAGGGGGUCGCGCUCUUCCCGCCGCCGCCGCCGUCGCGCCUCGUCCUUCUCCUCGCGCGGAUAACGCACGCGCUCCCGAUCGCGUGGCGCGUGACGCUCCACGAGGCGUACGAGUCGAUCUUUAACGCGAGCGCGGCGUCGGAUAUCGUCUGGCUCGGCGUCGAUAUCGACGCGCUCGCGACGAACGUCCGCGAGUGGCGCUUCGAGCGAAAGUUCGGCGGACGAACGCUCGUCGUCUGCGACGCGCCGUCCACGGUCCCGACCGGCGUCGCGCUGAAGCGGCGUUGCGGCGACGCCGUGUUCCUCGUGUCGCUGCGGCCGCAGGUGGGCGUCGCGGACGCGAGGUUCGAUCUCGUCGGCUCAGGACGGCCCUCGGGACGAGGAGGACGCGGAAGCGACGAGAGCCGACGGCUGCCGUUCGGCAAGGUGAGGGCGCGCGAGCGCGACCCGACGCCGCCGCCGCGCGUGCGCGUGGACCUGCGGAUCCUCCACGAGGCACGAGAACGCUGGCGCGUCGAGUUCACGCACCUGCGGAAAUCGCCGAGGCUCGUGAUGUACGUCACGCCGCCGCCCGUCGUCCGCGCGACGUCGCCGGCGCGUCGGCUCUGGGAGCUCUUGGCGCCGGCGACGGCGAAGAGGAAAGCCGUCGCCGAAGCCGACGCGAAGCUCGCGGCGUCGCUGUCGUCGUUCGUCCCGCGCGCGCGGCGGUCCGCGACGAAGCCCGGCGGCGGCGGGUUCGGCAGCGUCUUCGUCGCGUUCGCGCCGAGCACGACGCACGCGCUGCGCGUGGAGGUGUGCCGCGCGUUCGAGCGAGCGAUGCGCGACCAACGCGCGGCGGCGCCUUCGACGGCGACGCGCGAGGAUUUGAAAAAACCGUACGCGUGCCACGAGCUUCCUCGCGGGCAGGGCGUGGGGACGUGCGCGAGGACGGACUUGGCGAGCUACGUGGACUUGUUACCGCCGUACGGCCCGAGCGAGGUGGACACGACGGGGGCGGAGUACGUCCAGAAAGAGCCCAAGCCUUGGCCGAGGCGGAGGGCGUUUUGGGAGGAGUGGACGUUUUUGUUACCGAUUCGCCGGUGGCUCCGCGGGAAACCGAAGAGAUACCCGAGACCCGCGUUCGUGCCCAAAGCGAGCGACUUCUGGGUGUACGACGGCGCGAGAGGGAGCGUCGACGAUCCGUACGAGGGCGCGCUCGGCUGGGCGGACGCGCUGUGCGUCGUCGCGAGCGGCGCGGACGUGCUUCGCGAGGCGGAAGCCAUCGGCGUGCCCAUCUUCGUCGCCGCGUGGGACGCGUGCGUGAAGAACGGCGGCUCGCCCGCGGCGACGCUGAGCCACCUCGCGACGCUCGGUCUCGCGAGAGACGUCGACGACGCGCGCGUCUUCGAGGGCGAGAACUCGGAGAAGUGGCGCGGGAAGAGCGGCGGCGUCGACUUCUCGGACGCACCCAUCGUGGGGAGGGAGCCGCACAACGCUCGCGACGGCUGGGACGGGCACACGGCGGACGUGGUCGGGGAUAACCGCGACCGGGGCCCGUGCGUCGUCGACGACGUCACCGUGACCGCGGCACGGGUGUCCGCCGCGGUGGAGGUGAAACCGUGGAGGAUUGGGAUCGAGCCGGGGACGACCGGGGGACGGUACGAUCGAUACGCGCCGGGGAGCUCGUCGGCGAAGAGGGCGAAGGACGACGACGGCGGAGACGACGACGACGAGACGCCGGCGAGAGCGCUCGAGUUUGGCCUCGGCGACGACGGCGAGGUCGAGUGCGAGGGGUUCCUCUUCGACUGA